AUGGGUGUCGGGCGUCGCAUGCGUAGUAAACAAGGCCCUCCGGCUUCACUCGAGGAAUUAGGGAUCAAACUGAAGCGGAAGGCUGGCGCUGAUGAGCCAAAACAGCCUGCAAGAAAACGAAGGAAGUCGGACGAGAAACAAAAGGAAAAUGCCCCAAAGAAACUGGUCAAUCUUGAUCGCACCCUGCGAGACGAGACUGCCGUUUUCGCGAAGAAAGUAAAAGGAAAGAAGAAGAUCGUAAACAACGAUGCUCAAAUAACAGUCCCUCCUUCCUUUCCCUCUGCUGCCGAACCCGUUGACGGAGAGUACGGUGAUGAAGAGGAUGAAGGCCAAGAGAGUGAGGCAGGUGCUGUUGGGGUUCCCUUGAAGGAUGCGUCGCUGUCGGACUUAGACGGUGAAGAUGAUGAGCUGGACGAAGCAGAUCUUGACGGAGAACCCUCGGACGACUCCGUCUUUGACUCUGACCCGGAUGAAGCGCCACGUCGCAUGUUCUCCGACGAUGAAGACGAAUCGGACGCCCAAGCCAAGCUUACCGCAGCGAACAUCGAAGGACUGUCGAGGAAACUGGACCAACAGCAGGCACAAGUCGACGCAGAAGCACAGGAAGAGUUGGAAGAUGCCAUUCAGACAAAUAUUGCCGCAGACGAAGGUGUGCUGGACUCGGUGACUGCACAGGGACUCGCUCCGGAUCUGGGUAUAGUUCGGACAAGGAUGACAGAGACAAUCCGUAUCCUGGGCAACUUCUCUCAGUUGGCAGACAAGAACAAGUCGAGGACAGAUUACACCGAGCAGCUGCUCACCGACAUCUGCACAUACUACGGCUACACGCGGUACCUCGCGGAGAAGCUCUUCAACCUCUUCACGCCCGGCGAGGCGUUUGCUUUCUUCGAAGCUAACGAGACGCCUCGACCCGUCGUUCUUCGCACAAACACCCUGCGAACUAACCGCCGGACUCUGGCCCAAGCAUUGAUCAACCGCGGCGUGGUGCUCGAGCCCGUAGGAAAAUGGUCCAAAGUGGGCCUUCAAGUAUUCGAGGCGCCUGUGCCGUUGGGCGCCACGCCUGAAUACCUCGCCGGACACUAUAUCUUACAAGCCGCAUCUUCGUUCCUCCCCGUCAUGGCGCUGGCUCCCCAGCCAAACGAGCGCAUCCUCGACAUGGCUGCCGCUCCGGGCGGCAAGACCACAUACAUCUCGGCGCUCAUGCGCAACACCGGCGCCGUCUUCGCCAACGAUGCAAACCGCCAGCGAGCCAAGGGUCUCAUCGGCAACAUCCACCGCCUUGGGUGCAAGAAUACAAUCAUCUGCAACUACGACGCACAAAAGGCAUUUCCCAGAAUCCUAGGUGGCUUUGACCGAAUCCUGCUCGAUGCUCCCUGCUCUGGCACGGGCGUCAUUGGAAAGGACCCCAGUGUCAAGACGUCCAAGAACGAGCGCGACUUCCUUGCACUACCACACAUGCAGAAACAACUCCUUCUGGCUGCUAUCGACUCGACUGACCACAAUAGCAAAACCGGCGGCUACAUUGUCUACUCGACCUGUUCCGUCACAGUGGAAGAGAACGAAGGCGUCGUCCAGUACGUUCUGCGUAAACGACCAAAUGUCAAGAUUGUCGACACCGGCCUUGGGACUUUCGGUUCCGAAGGGUUCAAGAGCUACAUGAACAAGAAGUUCGACGACAAGAUGACUCUGACACGGCGGUACUUCCCGCACAAGGAGAACGUGGAUGGCUUCUUUGUGUGUAAACUGAAGAAGAUAGGGCCGACGCCGAAGAACAGUGGACAGUUGGCUGGGAGGACCGAUGGCGAGCAGCAACCGGCUGUCCUCAACGGUGAGGCAACGAGCACGGCCAAUGGCAUUGGCGACGAGGAGCACUCGACGCCCGGUGACGACUUUGGCGGCUUCGAUGACGAGGAAGAUAAAGCGCACAUUGAAAAGGCAGAGAAGAAGUGGUUGAAGUCACGGGGCAUCGAUCCCAGAGUUGCAGAUCGUAAGAAAGCAGAGCAGGGCCACGGGAACAGGAAGAAAGGGAAGUCAAAUGACGUUGACGGAAAGGUCAACGAUAAUAAGGAGAAACCAAACGGCGCAAAGGUGAAGGGCGUUUCGGAAAAGCAAGACAGCAAGAAAGUUAAAACAAAAGGAAAGGAGUAG